GGAUAAAUGUAGCACCGCGGCGCCGGCAGGCAGCUGUCCGAGGGGCUGGAGCGCGGCGGAGCCAUGCAGUACCCACACCCCGGGCCCGGGGCGGCGGCGCCCGCCGUGGGGGUGCCGCUGUACGCGCCCACGCCGCUGCUACAGCCAGCGCAUCCGACGCCGUUCUACAUCGAGGACAUCUUGGGCCGCGGGCCUGCCGCGCCCACCCCCACCCCCACGCUGCCGUCCCCCAACUCCUCCUUCACUAGCCUCGUGUCCUCCUACCGGACCCCGGUGUACGAGCCCACGCCGAUCCACCCCGCCUUCUCGCACCACUCCACAGCCGCGCUGGCUGCCGCCUACGGACCCGGCGGCUUCGGGGGCCCUCUGUACCCCUUCCCGCGGACGGUGAACGACUACACGCACGCCCUGCUCCGCCACGACCCCCUGGGCAAACCCUUGCUUUGGAGUCCCUUCUUGCAGAGGCCUCUGCACAAAAGGAAAGGCGGCCAGGUGAGGUUCUCCAACGAUCAGACCAUUGAGCUGGAGAAGAAGUUCGAGACCCAGAAAUACCUCUCCCCGCCAGAGAGGAAGCGACUGGCCAAGAUGCUGCAGCUGAGCGAGAGGCAGGUCAAAACCUGGUUUCAGAAUCGACGCGCUAAAUGGAGGCGACUAAAACAGGAGAACCCUCAAGGCAAUAAAAAAGAAGACCUGGAAAAUUUGGACAAUCCUUGUGAGCAGAGGCAAGACUUGCCCAGUGAACAGAAUAAAGGUGCUUCUUUGGAUAGCUCUCAGUGUUCACCCUCCCCUGCCUCCCAGGAAGACCUUGAAUCAGAGAUUUCAGAGGAUUCUGAUCAGGAAGUGGACAUCGAAGGCGAUAAAGGCUAUUUUAAUGCUGGAUGAUGACCACUCGCUUAGCUGGCAAGUUUGGAAAACUGGAUUUGAGAAGAACAUUUUGCUACAGCGAAUCUUCGUGGAAGAACUGGAAAACUAUACGAGAAGGGGAGUCAGUUUUCUGGUAUUCCAGAAUCCUAAAAUACUUGGUGCACUGGCUAAUUAACAAACUCUCAUUGAAACCUUAAUUUUGACUUGAGAAAUGGAUUCUGUGCCGAUUUAGGUUGUUAUGAUAAAGUGACACUUCACUGAUUAAAUUCACCCUUUUUUUUUUUCAAAAAGUAAAUUGUUACUUCUAUUUAUAAAAAGUAAUUUUUAACUUUUUGUUAAGUUUUUAAGUUAUAACUUUGUUUUAAUAGGAUCUUCUUGAAUGACUUUCCUAUAAUCUGGAUCUACAUCACACUUAAUGGAAAAGCAAAGGGACAUCUCAAAUCCAGAAGGAUGCCUUGGAAAGGGGGGCCCCCGUUACAGGCAGCCCUGGGAUAUUUUAAAAGGAAACAAUGUUUUAUAUAAAAUUCUUAUAUUGCUGCCUUAAAUCUAAAAUUAUUUCAGAGCUCUUGUCUCAGGAAUGUGUGUUCUUUUGUCAGAGAGAUAUAGUUAAUAAGAAUCUUAAAUGCUUGUUUUGCACUAUCACUUAGUACCUGUUUGACCAAGGUGAUAAGGGGAUAGUAGUGUCCAGUUCAAGCGGAGAAACUGACUCGUCGGUGACUAAAAUUAAUCACAGAUGAACUAGAAGUAGCAGGUUAAUUAAAUGUAAGUCGAUUGUAGAUAAUUGUGUUUUAUAUCAAACAAUGUUCAUAAUGUGUAUAUAUAAUUGUUCACUGUCAUGGCCAGAAUGGUGUUCAUUUUUUUAAACGAGUAACUUGGUGUAAAAUAAACCUGUCGGUGGGACGACUGA